CGUUUCUUUGAACGAGAUACAGAGGACAUGGCUCGACUCGCUUGCGUAUUUCUGGUCUUUGUGCUGGCCUAUCAGUGUGCUGACGUGGUAAACGGUGCUGUAGAAGUGGUAAACCUUCCAAGCUUCGUGGGGAAUAAAGGAGAAUUCCUUCAGACGUUGAAGGAGCUUUGUUACCAGCGUCAUAACACGAGGGUUAUUUCUGCACUUGACUUAUCUCAGUGCUACGUUUCCUGCUACAUCCGUCAUGCCCGGAAAAAUGGUGGACGGACUUUUAUUCUACUGCUAACGAACAGAGAACCAUGCAGCAAUGUUGGCGGGAUAUGCAUCCGAGGAGAAUGCGUCUACGAGUCAUGA